UGCCCUUCCCUGUCGUGCUGACACGCGCAUGCAUUAUUGACACGAGCCCAGCGCGUCUCAGGUAUCCUCCUCCCCACCCCCGCUCCUACUACACAGAGUUGGCCGUAACCGAAGCCAACGGGGUCUUUUGACAAAAGAACGACCUAUCGUCGGCAUUAAAGGCCACGGUCAGGCAGCAGACGAUUCCACCGCCUUCGUAGUUUGCCCAAAUUGCCGCGUUUUUUGCCUUUUUAUUCGUACGGCCAUGGGCGAGAAGCCGGCACAGGUGGGAGAGGCAUCGGGCCGCGUUAGAUUUCGCGUCUCCUCAUCCCACAGCGGGCGAGUGCUCCAACAGGUGUACGAGGAAAGAAAUGGCAAGGUGGAGCAUCACGACGCCGCUGCCAAAGAUAUUGAAGAGAUCGGAGCAGCGAGGACAUCCCCAGAGCCGGUGCCAGGCGGGUACCAGGACUGCCUCCCCAACAACGAACAGCAACAGCAGCAGCAGCAUCAGGAGCCCGGCGACGAGGCAGACCUCAUCCUGAGCAGCUUGGCUCGAAGCACGCCGUGCUUUCGUCGCUCCGACAUCCUGAGCAAGAACGGCACAGUACGGGGCGUGCGGCACAAGGUGUCGGCGGCUCAGGCGCACUUCGGCGGCUUGGCGGACACGCGGCCCUCCGCACCGCGCCCGCUGGAGAUCGGCAAGCUGGUGGUCUACACGACGAGCGUGCGCGUGGUGCGCUCCACGUUCGAGCGCUGCGAGCACGCCCGCCGCAUCCUGCACACCCACCACGUGCACUUCGAGGACCGCGACGUGGCGCUGCACGCCGAGUACGUGCGCGACCUCCGCACGCGCCACCCUUGCCCGCCUUCGGCGGCCGACCACCGCCAGCUCCCCAACGGCGCGAGCGCCGCGCGGGCGGCGCAGGGGCCCAGGCACGACCAGCGCCGGAGGUCCGGCGACGAGGCGCAGCCGGACGCCGCGUCGGGGUGGCGCGGUCCGCCGGAGCCGGAGGACGUGUGCCGGACCGAGCUGAUGCAGUUGGCGCCGCCGUCCCGGGACCCUCAGCAGGCGCACGGCACCCCCCUUGAGUUGCCGGCGAUAUUCAUCAACGGUGACUAUUUCGGGGGCGCCGACAGACUUAUGGCUAUGAAUGAAUCGGGAGAGCUUCGGGCAUUCUUAAGGCAAUUUAAGAGGAACACCGCUCCACGCAAGUGCGCGCACUGCGGCGGCUACCGCUUCGUGCCGUGCCUGGCUUGCCGCGGCAGCAAAGUGUCGCAAGUGCGGACCAACUUCGGGGAGCGUCCCAGGGCGUUGCGCUGCACGUCCUGUAACGAGAACGGCCUGCAGCGCUGCACCGAGUGCACCGAGUGAAGCGUCAACCCCCGAACCCCCACCACGCGAGAGAGAGAGACCGCUGAUGGCAAGGGGCACUUCGUCACGCCAAGGGAAUGGAAUGGGGGUGCAAUGUCCGGUUUGUGGCCCGAUGUCUGGGUCCUUUCGGCAGCGUGGGCCCACAGUGGCAGUUGCACCGCCUGUACACUCCGUUUUGCUAUUGCGACUGCACAUCGUGGCGGAAUAUUCCAAGCGGUGUCGGCUGACGGCCACACAACCACCACCACCGCCGCCGCCACCACAACACACGGGGUGUUUGAGAGGAAUCAUUGCUGGUGACUUAGAAUAUGCGAUAGCUUAGGCGACUUAUAGUAUUAUUUAUUGGCAAGGUAGCUUGUGUCUCUAGUGGAGUUCAUUGUCAGGAGCGCUGCCAACACUUCUAUUCGUAAGAGUCAUUUCGGCCCAGUCUGGCAGUGGUCAGUACCUACAGAGACCAUUAACCAUCAAAAGCAGCAAUACAUAUCCAUUGCCAGCUGUUUGAUUUCAUUUUAACAGCCGUCUUACAACCCUUUCCAAAUUAUCCACAGCCGUUUUCGCCAAUUUAUUUGCGAAGUGUAUGCAACGAUGCAGGUGGCCAACUUUAUAUUUGCUUAUAUUGCCCACGGCCAAGAAUGUGUGCUAUGUGAAACCUCAUGGCAAAUCGAAUCACUGCAAUACAAUUGGAAUUAUGGUAAUAUUACCGCCACUCAAUUCUCCUUUUAGCCAUGUAUGUUAAACGGAAUUAAAAAAAAACCCUGCAAUGCUCUCACGCUCAGAGACGAGAUGCCGAAUCCAAGCGUUACAUUCUUGCAUUAAAAUCCCAGCAAUCCCAGUUUGCUGCACGUGGGAGGAUAGGCAUUCACAGUAUUCAUCAUCGGCCACGAUCGAUCCACUGCUGGAUGAAGGCGUCCCAAGCCAUCGCCGUUUCUCACGAUCAUGCUUUGAGGAUCAUUGCGUCAGUGGAUCGACUCAAGUGACCAGCCGUUACUUUAAUCAUAUUGAAAUUUACCAUUCAAUCAAUUGUUGUGUAACAUCAAAUGAGAGCUGUACUAUGCUGAUUACAUUUCCCUUUAAUAUUGCAUCUUCAAUGGAAUAAGAUUCAACAGGUGUAGUCCAUUACACACGUGUACACUACACUUGCCAAAGUAGGGCUGUACAAACACGAGAAAUGUUAUUACUUUUAUUAUUUAAACCCCCUACAUAAAAAGCAGAAUGUACAGUCAUUGUAUUUUUUAAAGCUUAGAUUACUUUUAUGAUGAAUUGUGCUCCAAGUGCAGUGAGUAUACACUAUUAACAUUAAUAUAUUGUAAUCAAGACGUCGUUCAUUUGAAUGACUUCACAUAAAUAUCACAUGAGGGAGUGGGGUUACCGAUUUGCUAAACCAAUUCCCUCCAAGACUAUAAAACAAGAAAUGUUUCAGCGGUUUAUAAACACUGUACAGUAUUUAGGCAUGCCUUUAUUUUUCAACAUGUGAUUAAUAAACUUUAUUUUACACA